UAGAGGUUCGUGCGCGCCUGCCUGCUACAAGCAAAUCAUCGCAGCGCUUUUCCGCACUCGUUCCUCUCUUGUGCUCAUGUGAAUAGCGAGCGUCGAGCGUGCUAGUUGCCGCUGGUCGCCCGACGUGACAGGAACGUUCCUCGUGUUUCUUCUUGGGCGGUCUUGCCGUUAGCUCUCUUGCCAUUUUGCUGCGUUUGCUGCUGCUGCUGGUGUUGGUUUGUUAGUGCGGUUUCAUGUCGAUUUCUGAUAUAUCGUUUACAACGGCGAGCCAUUGUUCAUAAUGCUCGCCUCCCUUUUGCGUCCUCGCAAGGCACGCCAGCAACUCCAACCCCCCGUAUCCCCCGGCUUCCCCCCGCAAGAGACUACUCCUUUGCUCCAACGGAUCUUGGGCGACAACGCUCAAAUCCUCCCACCGGCCGAGGCCGAGCGACACGCUUGGGACAACGAGCACUUCGACCCUGAAAAUAUUGGCAUUGAUGAUGAGCUUGCCCCCUUCGAUGGUGAAGGCGACGACCACAGCGACAGCAAUAACGGGCACCCCCUUCUACCCAUCUUCUCGUCUCCUCAUCUUGACCUCAUCCCAGUGUACACGGUCACCCACGCUAUUCGUCUCCUAAUCGAGUCACGAUGUGAAACAACUCUAACCUGGGACCAGCUACGGUCUCCCCAGAUUGCCCAGUUUCUUCUCAAGCCUAUUCAGCAGCAAAUCCGCGACUCGCAAUUCAAUCGAUCUACGCUCUACGCCUUGAUGGCCAAUUGCCUCCAGUUUAACAAAGAAACCGAGAUCAACCCAGGAAACAGUGGCACCAACCGGACUCGGGCACUAGUUAGUGAGCUUCUGGCCAUCAAACUCCUCCGGGAGUACACAACCCGAGAGUUGAUUGAUUCUCUUUCAUACGACUUCUAUCCUCUACAAGGAUCCACCCAUCUUGCUUCAACCACCACUCUACGGGGCCCGGGAUGGAACAGCGUCUCCAAGAAUAAACAGGCAACUGGCCACGCUCGAAUUUCUUGUCUGGAGGUUGCCAUCAGAGCGCAGGCCAAACGCUUUAUCGCCCAUCCUCUCGUCGUUCAGCAGCUGGAGGCCAUUUGGGCAGGCACCAUUGUCUUCCACUCAGCUGCCGACAAUCUGCAUCGCACGCAAACUGCAGUCCACACUCAUGCUCAUGUUAGGUACAGAUUCAUCGAUCCUCUGGAAAUCGAUCAACAUAACAAACCUCAGUCUUCCCUCCCGCCUCCUGAAAAUCCCCGACGAGCUGUCACUCUCUAUGAUCCAAGAGAUGCGUCUCUAUUCAAACUGUCCCGACUUCGCGUUCCUCGAUACCGUCAAUUUCUCUCUACCGUCUCUUUCGCCGCUCUGCUUGGCCUCUAUCUGGCUGUUCUUUGUGAACGUUCUUUGCAUAUCACCACCGUUGAGGUGAUCUUCUGGUUCUGGAGUGCUGGUUUUAUUCUAGACGAAAUAGUCGGUUUCAACGAACAAGGAUUCAGCUUGUAUCUUAUGAGUUUUUGGAAUCUUUUCGAUCUCGGCAUCCUGUUGCUACUUUUCGGUUACGCGAUCUUCCGGAUAUACGGAAUGGCAAUGCCCGAUACUCACCAACUUACUGCUGCGAAACAAGCCUACGAUCUACUGUCUGCCAGCGCUAUCCUUCUCUUCCCACGCCUAUUCUCUGUGCUCGACCAUUACAAGUAUUUCUCACAGCUGCUCAUUGCUUUCCGUAUCAUGGCCGCUGACCUCAUGGCUGUGUUUCUGCUAAUUGUCGUGGCCUGUAGUGGCUUUCUGGUGGCUUUUUCUUUCUCUUCCGGUUCAGCCCAAUCUCCUCCAGAGGUUAUAUACGCAUUGUUUCAGAUUUUGAUGGGAUUUACGCCAACAGCCUGGAGUCUUUGGGAAGAAUAUAACAUUCUCGGUCGCAUCAUUCUAACGCUCUUUCUCUUUAUCUGCCAUUUCGUGGUAGUUACGAUCUUGAUCACCGUCUUAACCAACUCCUUCAUGGCUAUUGUAAAAAAUGCCAACGAAGAACACCAAUUUGUCUUUGCCAUAAACACGAUUUCCAUGGUCAAAUCAGAUGCGCUGUUCUCCUACAUCGCCCCCUCCAACAUAAUCAGCUGGCUGGUUUCGCCUUUACGGUACUGCAUUCCAUUUCGGGACUUUGUCAAACUUAACCGCACUCUCAUAAAGUUGACACAUUUUCCCAUAUUGUGGUCGAUUUGCUUCUAUGAAAAGGUCAUACUUAGUCCUAGAAUCUUUGACCCAACCGAUCUGGUGGAAGCCGGUUCCCGCGCCAUUGGUCGCUCCACAGAUGUCUUGCGUGCUAGAAAUAGACGUCUUAGUCGAUUCGAUUCCUUCCAUCGUCUUACUCGCGAACCAUCCAUCGCCACUUAUCAGCAGGAUCGAGUGCUAGAGGAACUUUUCCAGAGGCCAUUUCAACAGCAAUCUCUACACGGUAUAAGUGAAAGCCCUGAUGGACGUCGGAAAUCAACAAUGGUGAAACAUUGGAUGCAAAACAUGGACUCGGAAGAUCUUACACCGAGGAGGUUGGCUCCGCUUCGUCGGGUAAACUCAACGGUGCGGCGUAACUAUACCGAAACGACACGGUCCGUUGCAUCGGAUCCUGAAGAAUUUGUCAGCCAUAGUAAUCUCCGCCCUGUUCCCGAGCACUCUGUUCUCUAUGAAUCAGCAAAACAUAUGAAAAGACAUGUUUCACACACUACCGAUGUCGAGGGAGAUGACGAAAAGUCUAGUGGCGAGAACAAUGACGAUGAGUCUGAAAUGGGUCAACCAUCUAUGCUAGGCUCUAAAAGGGGGACCAAACAGUCCGAUAAUACGCCUCGAGCGAGUGGCAAGAGCAGCGAGAAGAGCACACCUAAAUUCUUCAGCUCCCGUCCAUCCACUGCUAUGUAUAAUUCUCGAAAAAACAGCCCCACCAGGCACCGUCCUACCUCACGCCAUCACGAGCGCAAUGUCUCUGGUGUCACCGUCCUGUACAAGACUCCCGGAGAUGCCGAUGACAGUUCUGAUGGUUCUCUACCAGGUCCGUCAUCAUCCCCCUUGAAGCGAAUAGAGACCCGAAGGCCCAUCCCUCCUACUGCUCGACAGGGAUUCAUGUCGGUCCCUAACAUUCAUCACAUUGGGUCUGACAUGGGCGAAACUGGCGUGCUUCCCUCAAGUUUGGCUACUCAGCUCGCAGCCGACAAUGAUAUCCUCGGAAGGCUUGUUUUGGCCCGUAUGAAUAACAUCGAGGAGGGCUUCCGCGAAGUAUUGAAGGAAGUGAAAGAUUUACGCGGGAAACAUGCUCGUGAGCCUCGCGAACCGUAAUUGACCGUUCCCAACGAGAUCAAUGAAGAAAUCUACGAAUAAGAAUAUGAGGGCUACCUACAUCGAAGACGCCAACGCGAGAAUGGUUUUCUUUUCUCUGGAAAGAUAUAUAUUAAUUGAAAAUGAUUGGAGAAAACGGUUUUAAAAAAACAAAACUUACGUGCGAGAAAAGAGAAGACUUCGAAACCUCGUACUUUUACUGUGGAAGUUCGGCAGUCGCAUGAGCGACACAAUUAUUUCUUUGUAGAAGAUACCCUUGUACAAUUAUAUACGCAUACUAGCAACGAAUAUUACAUGUAAUCAUCUGAAUGAAUACCCUUGCUCGCGGUUUUCCAUUCCAAAUACAAUAUC